AUCUAAUAUGCUUAGAUAAACAAUUAGAUAAAUAAUUUGUUUACAUCAGCAAUACUAAGACACCUUUGUCAAAAUGGAGAUGAAAUUCGUAAUGAUAAUAAUCCUGGGCUUUGGAUUCAUGUUUGUCUUCACUGCAUUUCAAACAAUGUGUAAUAUUGAGAAAACUAUAUUGGACAGCAUUGGGCAGGAGGAUUCGAGUUUCAAGGGCGAGGGUUAUACAAGUCUGGCCAUCAUCUAUUUAUUCUUUUCACUAUCCAAUUGGUUGGCACCGUCUUUCAUGUCCGUCACGGGACCCAGAGUGGCAAUCGUGGUGGGCGCCUUGACUUAUAUCGGCUUUAUGAUCACCUUUCUGUUCCCCUCGACGGUGCUGUUGUAUGUGGCAAGUGCAAUUAUUGGCGUUGGUGCCGCACUCACCUGGACGGGACAGGGCACGUAUUUGGCACGUUGCAGCAAUCCGGAGACGAUUUCCAGGAAUUCGGGCAUCUUUUGGGCCCUGCUGCAGUGCAGCAUGUUCUUUGGCAAUCUCUUUGUGUACUAUCAGUUCCAGGAUAAGACGCACAUUGAUAAACAAACGCGUGAUCUGGUAAUUGGUGUCCUCACUGCAGUUGCUGUACUGGGAAUUGUGUUCCUGCUCGCUUUGAGGUUUAUGGCCAAUAAUGCGGAGCAGGAUAAUGAGCUGGAGGAGAAGCAGACGGCAUGUGGACAGGCGGUUUAUGCCUUAAAAUCUGCAGGCCAACUCUUUCUUACCAAGAAUAUGCUGUUACUCAGCUUGGCUUUCUUCUACACAGGUCUGGAGUUGUCCUUCUUCAGCGGCGUCUUUGGGUCAUCAAUUGGCUUUACCACCUCGAUUGCGGAGACGCCCAAGGAGAUUGUUGGCCUUGUCGGCAUUUGCAUUGGCGCUGGCGAAGUGUUUGGCGGUGGCUUCUUUGGCAUUUUGGCAUCAAAGACGACACGCUUUGGCCGAGAUCCCAUUGUCAUUGCUGGCUAUGUGCUCCAUAUGGCCGCAUUCUUCAUGACAUACCUCAAUCUACCAAAUAGUGCACCAUUUAAAGAUACCACCGAUAUAUCUUACUUGGAUCCACCCAGUGCUAGCAUGGCUCUAGUUUGUGCAUUCCUUCUCGGACUAGGUGAUGCCUGCAUUAACACCCAAGUCUAUUCCAUGCUCGGUGGUGAAUAUGUCAACAAUGCUGUUGGCGCAUUUGCCCUGUUUAAAUUCAUGCAGUCCGUGGCAGCAGCCAUUAGCUUCUUCUACUCGGCAUUCCUUGGACUCUACGUCCAGUUGGGCAUCCUUGUUGUGUCUGGCACAAUUGGCACUAUUGCGUUUGUCAUUGUCGAAUGGAGUUUCAAGCGGCAGCAUCAGGAUGAUUAGAUAAUUGUCAAUUAAUUCGGUGUUGUAUGUGUGUAAUUCUAGUAUUAGCUGAAGAGAAUGCACAAAUUAAGAGUGUGUCCAUUGUUUGUUAAUACCCAACGUGCGUGCACGUGGCGUCUUCCUAUGCAUAUGCAAUAAUAGUUAAUUGUUGGGCACUAAUGUUGCUAGAUGUAUUGUAUGAAUGUAUUUUAAAGUUAAACUUCCAAAACGUAAUUAUUAAUACUAGUUGUAAUUUUGUUGAUAUGAAUAUGAAUAUGUAUGUGUGUGUUUAUUUAUUUUUAGCACCAAUUGUGCAAUUGUAAAUUGAUAUUUUCUACAAUAUAUACAAUGUAAUUGAA